AUGCCCGUUAACAACGGCGAGAUGUAUAGUUCCUGCGUUGUUUCCGAUUGGAAUGGCGGACAUGACAGGGUAAAACGUCAACUGAGCGUUUCUUCUGACAGCAAGUUGCUCGAUGACGACAUCAGAGAGGAGACUAAGGUGAUACUGAGGCCGAAAAAACCGCCUCGACCAAAAUCAGAAGUUCUCCUCAACCAGGGCACGGAUCACAGACGAACCAAGCGAUUCUCGGCAUUCGGGGGCGAUUCUCCAUUUGGCAAAACUGAGGCAUACAUCAAACUAGAGCAAUUAGGUGAAGGGUCUUAUGCUACUGUGUAUAAAGGAUUUAGCAAUUUACAGAACCAGGUGGUGGCCCUGAAAGAGAUCCGGCUUCAGGAGGAGGAAGGCGCCCCCUUUACGGCGAUCCGCGAAGCUUCCCUGCUGAAAGAACUGAAACACGCCAACAUCGUUACGUUGCACGACAUCGUACACACUAGAGAGACACUCACUUUUGUUUUUGAAUACGUUCACACCGACUUGUCGCAAUACCUGGAACGGCACGGCGGCGGUCUGGAGGCGCGCAACGUGCGCCUGUUCCUGUUCCAGCUGCUGCGCGGCCUGGCCUACUGCCACAAGCGGCGCGUGCUGCACCGCGACGUCAAGCCGCAGAACCUGCUCAUCAGCGAGCAGGGCGAACUGAAGCUGGCCGACUUCGGCCUGGCGCGCGCCAAGUCCGUGCCGAGCCACACGUACUCGCACGAGGUGGUCACGCUGUGGUACCGGCCGCCGGACGUCCUGCUGGGCAGCACGGAGUACUCCACGUCGCUGGACAUGUGGGGCGUCGGCUGCAUCUUCGUCGAGAUGAUCACCGGGAUGGCCAUCUUUCCCGGCGUCAGGGACACCUACGACCAGCUCGAUAAGAUUUUUAAGGUUUUGGGCACCCCAGUCGAAGACGAGUGGGCGGGAGUGUCGCAGCUGCCCGGCUACAAGCAGCACCGCAUCGGGCAGUAUCGCGCGCGCCGUCUUGGCCUCACGUGGCCCCGGCUGCACGACGUGCUGCACGGCGAAACGAUGGCGACUGCGCUGCUCCAGCUCGACCCGACCAAGCGCCUAGGCGCAGAGGAAGCCAUGGUGCACGCCUAUUUCACCGAUUUGCCUAAGAAGUUACUCGAACUGCCAGACGAUGUUUCAAUAUUUAGCGUCGAAGGUGUACAGCUGUAUCCGGAACAAUACUCCGGGAUCAAAUGAGGGUUACCAACCUCGCUCAGGAAAAAGUUCACCGUGCACCGAUCAGUGACCAUUAUUUAGUCAUAACCUACACACACUAUCCCACCAUGCAUACCACCUUUUAACACACUUUUCUUGAACUGUUUCCUGCGUUAUCUACUUGAAAUUACGUCAUACGAUUUAAACGGUGUGCAAUAAUUAAUUAUUUAGCAUUUUUAGUAGCAAUUGACCUUUUAUACAAACUAAAGACUGUUUUUCUUAGACAAAUUUUUGACUUCUGAACGGAAAUGACGUCCAAUCGGCAACGAAUGUCUUUUUUCAAACCAUUCGGAACUCGCGUAGUAAAUGAUGAACAAAUUUCGCAAGGUGUGUGAUUUUUUUCAAUUUUUUAGGAUUUAGUUACCCUGCC